AUGUCGCUACCACUGCUGACCUUGCGACCGCCUCCAAACGUCGACUUCGUUACAGGGCUUGCUCCAGGUCUCCCUCAUAGACCACAUGCAGCUGUGACUGGCACUCUCGAAGUGCGUUCACCUCAGCCUCUCAAGGUCAAAUGGGUCCGCAUAGAACUCAGGAAGAUAGAGAGCGUCCCCGGUCAAGCUCCCUUUGUAGACACCGUCGGAAACAAGCCGACGACACUCUGGGAGCCCCAGGGGUCUGAGUUUGGCAAUCUGCAGUCUGCGGACUUCCCAUUCGCUAUCCGGAUUCCAGAAUCUACACCCCCAACCGUAAUCGUCGACAACCACCGAGCGAGAGUAGAAUACGAAAUCAUGGCUACUUUGUGUAGCAAGGGCAAGAAAGGUCUACUCCGGAGAGAAAGCUCGCCAGUCUCAAUGACAUCCCACAAGAUUCCCAUUUACAAGCAUGAAUUACACCCCCUCUGGCCCGUCUAUUCUCAGCCAGACGAACGGCAGAUCACCAAGGAUGGCAUGACCCUCAGCGUCUCGCGGAAGAGAAUGUGUCUUGGCUCUGGAGGCGACACAAUCCCGAUUCAUGCCACGCUAUUUACAGACUUCCCUAUCUCCCUCCGCUCUUUCGAGCUCGUUCUGCGGCAAACCAUUAGGUAUCCUAAUAGCGGAGGCAACACGAUUCCAUACUCUGUUCGAAUUCAACCAGGAAUGCACCAGACUUGCGAACUUACCUGCAUGCUGCCGCCAAACUAUAGUGAAAUGUCGGUGACGACAGCACGACUUGUCGAGAACGAGUACGACGUUCAAGUCAGUGCAAACUUGGAUCCAGAGGGUUUCAUUGUUGUUUCCCUCCCUCUUAUUGUUUCCCCCUUCCCGAUUCCUUACUCUAUGGAUAUGAUGCAGCGUAUGGGACCGCCUCCUAUGGCUUUGGAUCUCCCCUCCCGAGCGCACCUCCAUAGACAGGCAGAGUCCAUUUCGCGGCCAGCUAGUGCAGCUGGAAGUAUGAUGACAGGGCAAAUCAGACCCGAAGCAGGACCAUCGAUGAACGGCCACCCGCUUGUUAGGCAGCAGAAGCCUUACCACAUCACCGAACGAGUUGGCGGACUCUCUGCGCGUGACGAGUCUCUCCUUGGUGGCCCCGAGUCUCCGAUGGAUCAAUCAAUCACACAUGCCGCUGCUAUUGUCGGAAAUGGAAUACAAACCAACACUAGCCGGAGUGCAAUGACCAACACAUACCCGAUGGAACUUAGAAAUUCGACGUAUAACGACUUUGGGCAACCAGCGCCGAUGCCGAUACAGCCAACGAACCCGCCACCCGCAGAGGUUCCUACAAGCCCACCAGGAAACGCAUUACCCCCCCGAUUUGCCGUGGUGAAUGCGGAUCAUCGGGAUGAACUUGAUUCACCUCGUUCCUCUGCACUGCACGAGCCAUAUCUUUCAGCGGCUGAAGAAAAGCGACGUAUUGCUCAACAAAUGAGGGAUGCAGACGCAUAUGCAAAUGUGCCACCUCCCGGGGCGCCUCCCAGCAAUCCUCCAGCACCUGUAGCGACGAGUCCUUCACAGACAACGCCGACAACUCAGACGCCUGUGGAGCCCAAGAAGAAGUGGCUUUCUGCCGAAGAAGAGAAGGAAAAGCUGUAUCAAAAGGCCAAAAACGCCGCGGAGCUUACGCAAAGGAGAGCUGCGAAUUCACAGGGUUCGUCGUCAGCACCCAAGUCAACGAGUCCGAAAGCAGCUCAAUUCACGGAAAGCCAGACAUCCCUCUCGCAAGCGGGUGGUUCUCAACAAUCGCAGCCAACGACCUCGUCAUCUGCCCCUGCACCGGCAUCGUCGCCUACGCCUUCACAAAAGCCAAAGGACAAGAAAUGGCUGACGGCCGAAGAGGAGAAGACAAGACUGUAUGAAAAGGCGCAAGCGAAGGCUCUCAAGACGCAGGCUCGCGCGGCAGCUGCGAAUAGUCUUAGUCGAUCAGACUCUGCGGCUUCCAAUAAUGGACCCAACGGUAUUCCUCGUAGCAGUGCCUCGCCUGCACCUUCCAAAGGGGCCGAAAUGUACAAGGCGGCAAUGAGUAGCAUCAAAUCAUCGUCCGUAACACCCCCCGCAAUAUCACCGGUCGCACAGCACCAGACACCACCGCCGAGAGAGCAGCUUGCUCCGUCCCUCUCGCCCGCUCCUGCUCCUGUGCCCGCUCCUGCCCCGGUUGUGGUCCCCAGGACGAUUACUCCACCACCACCUCCGCCUCCGGCAUCUAGUAAUCAAUGGAUGUCGGCUGAAGACGAAAAGGCUCGCUUGCGAUAUCUCGCGGCUAAAAGUGCCGUUGAGCGUCACGUUGCAAUGCAAGACGAGGAAUAUGGUGCAGGAUCAUCCACUCAGGAUCAAGGUGGAUCUUAUGGGAAUGCUGCUUAUGCUUCCUAUGGUGGUCCUCCUUCGUCUCAGCCGCCAUGGAGUGCGCCUCCUCCGAUGAGCAACGGAUACUCUGUCAGUGAUACGCCAAAGAUCCCAAACGCCCAAGAGAUUACUCCACUCAGCACGGGUGUUCCUCCAGAAGAUCCUCCUGCCUUUGAACCAUCCUUUGGGUAUACAUAUGGGAACACGGUGUCGGAAAAGGAGAAGCUGAAGCUGAUGGAAGCAGAAAAAGCACGCCAGGUUAAUGAACCGCCAGUCCCAGAUUAUGGCAAUGCACCUCCCCCAGACUUUGAUUUCAAUGCUGCCGCUGGGUCGUCGUCCGCUCCGUCUUACGGUUCUUCUGCACCUAUUCUGACAGCAGCGGAAGAAAAGGCUCGUUUGCGCGAACAAUUUGCUGCGCAAGACAAUGCCGGGCCCACACCUUCUCCAUCCAUUUACAAUCGUCCCCCUCCAGAGCUUCCGCUCUCUGCAGACGGAUCGAGGACUUUAACCGCUGCAGAGGAAAAGGCACGCCUGAGAGCCUUGCAAGCAGCGGAAAGACCUGUCAGUAGCGUUGCGCCCCCGCCACCACCGCGCUUCAAGUCGCCUCCGCCCUCUGCAACGUCAGAUUUUAGCCGCAGUAACACGUUCUCCUCGCACGUCUCAACAUCUGGUGGAUCGUCGCCGCAUGAUGAUUCGAUGAGACGUGAUCCAUCGAUCACGCAGGGGAAACAACGCGCUCUUACGCCGAGCAACGCUUCGGUGAUGACCGCGUCGCCUAUAAUCUCGCCUACUCCCCCACCACCGCCUCCUUUGGCUCCUCGUCCACCACGCGAUUAUAUUGAGAAGACGCGAGAGGAGGAUGCAAAGAUUCGUCGAAUGACACAAGAGACGAUCAACAUGUCUGCAUAUGGUUCGCGGGAAAGCACACUUGCGCCAUGGCAGAUUCCGCAGGGUACCGGAGGCAAUGCUGGUGGCGACUUUGCCUUGGGCCUUCGGCCAUUCUCUCCAUUUGAUCUAUCGCUGGACCCGUCUGGUGCUUCUCAGAACGGCCACGGUCAAACGCUGUCCCCGACCGCCACUGGCUCGAUGCGCACAAGCUACUAUCGUUAG